AGUGUCGUUGAGCACCUCAGACUGAAACUGAGAAGACACAAGAGAAGCAAAUCUGCAGCAGGCCUUCAUCUGGGACAUCUGCAUCAUCUGCACCGUCGUCAUGAAGUUGCUGGUUGUGUUUCUGCUCGUUGGAUCCAUGCUGGUCCUGUCAGAGGGUUUUCCAGAACCAGAGCCUGGACCUGAGGCUGAACCGACUGAAGAACGUGAAGCUGACACAGAAUCAGCAGAUGAAGAAUCAGCAGAUGGAGACGCAGAACACAGUGUUGUCAAGAGAGCAAGAAGAUGUCCCUGUGGUUGGAGACGGUUUGGAACUCGUUGUUUGGUUGUGAAAGGACCACUGAAGUGGGUUGAUGCUCAGAGGCGCUGUCAGUCCAUGGGAGGAAACCUUCUGUCUGUUCAUAAUGCGCAGCAGAUCAACCAGGCCUUGAGUUUACUGGGGAAGAGACGGACAUGGAUUGCAGCAUCUGAUGCACAAGAAGAGGGUCAGUGGCUCAAUGUUGAUGGUACACCCUUCAACUAUGCAAACUGGUGUAGUGGAGAGCCAAACAAUGCCGGUGGACGUGAGCACUGUGUAGAGAUUAACAAUACAGGUACAGGAGGACGCAAUACCUACGGCCGAAAGUGCUGGAAUGAUGUGAGUUGUAGGUCUCGCCUUCAUUCCAUCUGUACCAGAAGAGUGAAUUCCUGAGCAAACACAGAGGCAUGAAGUGAAACCACAACCAGUCAGCGCUGUGUGUUUGUGUCUACAGUCUGUGCAUCGGUCUGUGUCAUCAGUCUCAUAGAUAAACUGAUGACUCCAUAUUUGAAAUCAAACCUGUAUUUCUUUUCUUUUCUCUCGCUGUAACGCUACACGUGGAAAGAAGCGACAAGUCAAAUGUGAACUGUAGGUGGACUGCUUUAGGACCUGGUGUCUCAUAAAAGAGCAGAUUGAACGGUUCUGAAAAGAUGCUUUUAGCUCAUCUUCAUUCUGAUUCUGUUCUUCUUCAAUCAUGCAUGAUUAAAAAGAUUUAAGCAUUGAAACAAGA